AGAGAGAGAGAGAGAGAGAGAGAGAGAGAGAGAGAGAGAGAGAGAGAGAGAGAGAGAGAGAGAGAGAGAGAGAGAGAGAGAGAGAGAGAGAGAGAGAAUGGAGGUGAGGGGAGGAGAGAGAGAGAGAGAGAGAGAGAGAGAGAGAGAGAGAGAGAGAAGGGAGAGAGAGAGGUGUUAGGAAAGGAGAGAGAGAGAGAUAGAGAGAGAGAGAGAGAGAGAGAGAGAGAGAGAGAGAGAGAGAGAGAGAGGGAGGAAGGGGAGAGAGAGAGAGAGAGAGAGAGAGAGAGAGAGAGAGAGAGAGAGAGAGAGAGAGAGAGAGAGAGAGAGAGAGGGAGAGAGAGAGAGAGAGAGAGAGAGGAGAGAGAGAGGGAGAGAGAGAGAGAGAGAGAGAGAGAGAGAGAGAGAGAGAGAGAGAGAGAGAGAGAGAGGGAGAGAGAGAGAGAGAGAGAGAGAGAGAGAGAGAGAGAGAAGAGAGAUAGAGAGAGAGAGAGAGAGAGAGAGAGAGAGAGAGAGAGAGAGAGAGAGAGGGAGAGAGAGAGAGAGAGGGAGAGAGAGACCAGGAGAAAUAGAGAGAGAGAAAGAGAAAGAGAGAGAGAGAGAGAGAGAGAGAGAGAGAGAGAGAGAGAGAGAGAGAGAGAGAGAGAGAGAGAGAGAGAGAGAGAGAGAGAGUGUGUGGGGGGAGAGAGGGAGAGAGGGGGGAGAGGGAGAGAGAGAGAGAGAGAGAGAGAGAGAGAGAGAGAGGGGGGAGAGAGAGAGAGGGAGGAGAGUGAGAGAGAGAGAGAGGGAGGAGAGAGAGAGAGAGAGAGAGAGGGGGAGAGAGAGAGAGAGUGAGAAGAGAGAGAAAGAUAUAUGGAGAGAGAGAGAGAGAGAGAGAGAGAGAGAGAGAGA